AUGGACGACUUGGGCGGUGAUGACAGGCACGGACUUCCUGCGAGCGGACUUCCCCCCGGGUUCGAAAUGGAGACGGGUAGAAUGUGCAUGUCCUGGAUUACAGAACCUACCACGUUACCCUCAACCGGGAUGCCACCGCAGAUACUGUUGGAUACGGUCACGUCGACGCUGCCUUACCGUCUCAGCGAAUGGCGUAUGUGCGCAAAGGGAGCUGUGGAGCCAGAAAUCGUCACGGGAGAGGAUGUGAUCUUGAUUCAGACUUUCCAUCACGAUCAACGGCAGUGGACAGUCCUGAAUGCCGUGAUCGGUCCGGAUCCCAGUGACGACAGGAAUCAUCCAAACCCUAGCGGCCAAGAGGCGGUUUAG